AUGGUCGUGGCGCGCAGCCUAGUCGUCGCCAGUAUUGGUUUACUCUGUUCAAGCUCUUUUGCGUCAGCCCUUUCCUGGAAUGCGACUGAAUACAUGUUUGUAUUUGGAGACUCGUAUACCACCGAUGGAUAUAACGUCUCUGCUGGUAUCAACUCGCCAGACCCAGGAUAUACUUCAUCAAAUGGUCAGAACUGGGUCGAAUUUUUGACCAGUACAUACAACCAAACGGCCGUGAAGACCUUCAAUUUAGCUUAUGGUGGUGCAACAAUCGAUGCAGCCCUUGUUCCACCUUAUCUACCCACUGUGCUUUCUGUGGUUAAUCAGGUGACUCAAUUCAACGAGUACUUGGCAUCCAAGCCUGCUGGCGCUGCAUGGGAAAGCACAAACAGUCUGUUCGCUGUGUGGAUUGGGAUAAAUGACGUCGGAAACUCUUUCGCUUGGACCAACAUAACUCAGGUUGAAUUCUAUGGAACUCUCAUGGACCGUCUGUUUUCCCAGGUUGAAGAUCUGUACUCAAAUGGCGCUCGAUCGUUCUUGUUCCUCACUGUCCCACCUACCAAUCGCGCGCCCCUCUUCAUCGAGCAAGGUGCUACGGCUGCAGCGCAAAUGGGCACUGAUAUUGCUGAGUACAACACGCAACUCACGCAAUCUGUACAAGCCUUCAAAUCCAACCACUCAGAUCUUGACACCGUCACUGUGGUGGACACUCAGUCUAUCUUCAACGUACUUCUUAACGAGUGGCAGACCUUCGGUUUCGUGAACGUCACUGGUUACUGCGCAGCUUACGAGAAUGGCACUCCCACUCUCACUUACCAGGUUGAGGGUUGUGCGCCUGUGUCGAACUACUUCUGGCUUAAUACCCUGCACCCGCUGUUCACUGUUCACAACAUUUUGGCAAAGGCGAUCUCCACCGCCCUUGGUGGUUACCCUGCCACGCAGAUCCCCAUUUAA